CAUUACCAUUACAGGAAAGUGGGUCUGUAAAAACUAAAAAGAAAUCUCACAAGUCGAGAUAUAGUACUUUAGAAAAAAGAUUUACAGCAAUGGAAUCAAUGUUACAAAAAUUAAUUGAAAGAGAUCAAAUGUUUCAGAAGGGAACACAUCCCAGUUCUUGUCAUUCGGACACUGAUUUUUUGUCACAAAGACAACAAAGACAUGACUCUGAGGUGGAGGAUGAUACAGUCUCAAUCCAUGCACCUAGAGAACAAUUCUCACCAAGAGAACCUCGCCUGUCGGAUGCUGAAUCCGAUUCAGAUUCUCAUUUUUCCCGUCACAAAGACGAUUCUUCAAAUGUUAACUGUUCUGCUGCCUUGGGUGAAAAUUUGACAGAGGCUCAAAAGAAAGAUCUUUAUGAAAUGUUUGGCGACGACGGCCUUGUCAAGAAAAGUGAUAAAAAGGAGGGUCUUGUGCUAGACAGUUCUCAAAUAGACGUUCUGAACAGUAGUUAUAGAUGUAAAGAACCAAAUUUUUUAACAUCUUUUUCAGAGGAAAAUUUUGAUUUAUUCCCUGUGGACAGUGAGUCAGAAAAAUUGCUUCAAGUACCCUCGCUUGAUUCAUUGAUAGAGUGCUGUUUAACCAAAAAGUACGGUAACAAGGCAUCUUUCACCAAAGGUACUAAAGGUAAAACUCUUUUCACUCAACCCGCUAAAAUGGUUGAAAAGAUAGGUUAUAGAGGCCAACAGGCCGCAAGACUUGGACUGGUAAUUCAAAUGUACAUACAGCAGAGCCUAGGAAACCUGUUACAGUUUCUGCAGUCGGACAAGUUCAGUAAAGAUCAGGCUACACAGCAGGUGAAAGACAUUUUUGCUAUGUCGACAAAAUGUCUUGAUCAGAUUGGUAGAGCAGGGGCAUUUCACCACAUUAUAAGAAGAUCUGUCGCUAUAUCAGACACUAGCCUCUACGAACAGCCAAAUAAUCUAGAAUUCUCAAAUCUGCCUCUUACAGGAGAUGGUGUGUUUGGUGCAGAACUGGAGUCUUUGCUAAAAUCACGUAAAGAUAAUAAGAAACAAGUUGAGGAGUUGAUUCCCGACAUUAAAAAGAAAGAUUAUUAACGCAAGUUUUCAGGAACUCUACCUGAAACGAACAAAAGACCUACACUUAAUAAAGAUGACAAGUCGUACAAUUCUGGUUCUGCAAACUGGAACAAUUUUCGGAUCCCCAAGUUAUCCCGGGACAGAUUUGAAGGUAGACAGUCCUCUUUUCGGACAAGGGGUGGCUAUGGAAACUACCACAAACGCUCCUCAACCUCAACUAGAGGAAGAGUGGGUAAAACAGAUGAAAAAUGACAAUGAUGUCUGAAGAAAUCUCCAUUCGAGCCGUUGAAGGAUGCAUCCUUGAAGUUUCUGACUUGGAAAACCUGCUUUCUCCUGGCGAUAACAACAUUUAGACGUUGCAGUGAUCUUCAAGCGCUACAACUAGGAGAAGGAUCGGUAAAUGUUCAAAAACAUGGGGUUACAUUCUUAAGAUCAGGAUUAUCUAAACAGGACAGACCUAGUCAUUUUGGUCAAAGCAUUUUUGUACCUGCUUUGCCGAAUAACAAGCUUUUAAACCCUAAACGUUGUCUAGCCUAUUACUUGAAACAUACAGAACAGUUCAGACAAAGUGAAACAAGAGAUGAUGUUGUCAAGCUAUUCUUAGCUUUAAACAAGCCACAUAGACCAGUGUCUCCUCAAACAAUCUCUAGAUGGAUAGUACAGUUGAUAAAAUUCUGUUAUCAAGAAGAAAACAAAC